UGUUGAAGUUUCUGAACGUGAAAACCGCGAAAUUUAAAUCUUCGAACUAUUACAUCACAAAAAUCAAUAUCAAAUUAUUUCAUUUCCUUUAAAAAAUACCGAUUAAAAGCUGUUAAAUGUAAAAAAUAUUAACAUUGAAAUAAUUUGUAGAAGGUUAGAGUAGCGCGUUUCUCGUAGUUGGAGAUUUGCCAAUUUUCAUGUCCCUCAGAUUUAUCUUGAGAAGGAAUUUUGAGUGUGUGUUAAAAUCGAAUUUCUUUGUUUAUUAUUAUCGCUAUUUCCAUAAGGUAAUUGGCAGAAUGAAAUACGUGAAACUUUCACAGACAGAUGAUUUGAUGCCUACACUGGGUUUAGGAACUUGGCAGGCCUCAUCCGAAGUAAUAGAGUCUACAGUGUACAAAGCGCUGGAUUUAGGGUACAGACACAUUGAUACAGCUUUCAAUUACAAUAACGAGGAAGCUAUCGGUAACGCAGUAAAGAAAUGGAUAGAUGACGGCAAAGGCACGCGGAAGGAUCUAUUUAUCACCACUAAGUUACCUCACGUCGGGAACCGAGCAUCAGAUGUGAAGAAGUUCCUAGACCUGCAGCUGAAGAGGUUACAGAUGGAUUAUGUAGACUUGUACUUGAUACACGUGCCUUUUGGAUUUCUCUGCGACCCCGAGACGCUGACGCCCGUUAUUAAUAGCAACGGGGAUUACGCUUUGGAUAUGGAGACAGACCAUAUCAGCACAUGGAAGGUAAUGGAGUGUUGUCAAAAGGAAGGUCUCACCCGAAACCUGGGGCUAUCUAAUUUCAACGAAGCUCAAAUAGGGAAGAUCAUCGCCUCGUCGACGAUGAAACCGCAGGUGUUGCAAGUGGAACUGCACGCUUAUUUCCAGCAGAUGGAUUUAAGGAAGUUUUGCUCAGACCACGAUAUUGUGGUCACGGCAUACGCCCCUUUGGGAAGUCCGGGGGCGAAGGACCAUUUUGUCAAUAAGUACCACUAUAGCCCUGACGCAUUUCCAGACUUGCUGGGGCAUCCAGAAGUGAAUGAUAUUGCCAAAAGCCACGGGAAAACACCCGCUCAAAUAUUGCUUCGGUAUUUAGUCCAACAGAACGUAGUAGUGAUACCUAAAAGCACCAGCGAGAAAAGAUUGAAGGAAAACUCAAAUAUAUACGAUUUUGGACUAACACCGUCUGAAAUUAACAGACUGAAGAAAUUGGAUCAAGGGGAGAACGGUCGUAUAUUUAAUUUCCUCUUUUGGAAGGGCGUAGAGAAUCAUCCUGAGUAUCCAUAUAAAUUUUUAACUUUGGCAGCAGACAAAAAAUGAUUUCAUAUCAUUAUUCUCUACACGCACAUUAAAAAAGUAUUAAUUAACUAUCAAUGCAUUAUGUAUUUAAAUAAAGAUAUAAUAUCAGCGUAUUUGCUCAAAUAAAAAUAUAGCGUCGCGGCUUUCGGUCCUAGGUAUAGCACGCAAACACUUUUUAACAAUCAUUGCACUGCCAAAGUUAAAGAAGUUUUCGGUCUUAUUAUGUAGAGAAAUUGUGACUUUUAUUCAUUGAAGUGCCAGUUAGAAGCUUUUUGUAUGAUGUUAAGAAAUUAAGCAUGGUAAGCGAAGUAUAGACUGAAAAAAGCACAGCUGAAAACUAAGCAUGGUAAAAGAAAUAUGGACUGAAAAAGGCAAAUAGGUUUCUACGACCAAGUAAGCAAGUGCAAGAAGUUAUGACUAAGAAAGGCGGGGGUCUUAACGUGUUAGUAUUAAGCGAGCGGUACUGGCUAGCCUCAAGUAAGCGGAAAUGCCAUGAACUCGAUCGAGCAAAGACAGUAGUAGUAAGCGAUCUGGCGUAAGGAAAUAAUCGACUCUUGCACCAAGCAAGCCAAGGUACCCCCAAAUAUGCAAAUAAACCGGUUCAGACCUCAAAAUAAGCAAAGCAAUAAGCGAUUCUGAUAGCAAGUACAGGUCUAAUAAUAAGCGGUCAUUGCUUCGAGCUAUAAAAUAAGCAAAUAUGGCACUAAGCAAGAAAAUAAUCAGCUUUAGCCUUAACUAAGCUAAAAAACAGAUUAUAGGUAGAUUGAAUAUUGAAACAGGACGUGAAACAAUAAUAGUAUAGGUAUAGAGUAGCCUCGCAAGCCCAGUAUGACUGAGGUGAGUUGACGAAGUCUGAACAAUGAAUGUAAUAAUUCAACUUUUAUCCAAAAUAAAAUUUAUUGUUAAACAGAAGCCAAAUUUCUGAUAAUAUAAGCGUGUUAUUUAACUAUUCGUAUUAAAAAAUACGUAUGACGCGACGUAAAAAUCACUGAGGAUUAUGAUAGUCAUAUUAUUUUUCACUAUGGGAUUUAAUUUAAAUAAAUAAAAUAUAGAGAAAAUUG